AUGGAUCGUUUUAUUGUUGGAUCCCCAAUUGGUGAGGGCCGCUUUGGCGUCGUUCGUGCUGCAGUUGUUAAGGAAUCUGGAGUGCCAGCCGCAAUCAAAUGCAUCACAACUCCACGUCUCGAUGAGGGUAUUCCGCACCCCACAGCGAGGGAACCACUCGUUGCAUUGCGAUUGGUGCAUCCUUUUGUUAUUCGGACAUAUGAGGUGGUUCCGUGUGGCUGCUCCUUGGCGUUAGUGAUGGAGCGUUGCAAGACUGACUUGGCAACAGUCCUCUCGGGGAGAACUGCCAGCAAUCCUCUGCCCGCGUUAGAGGCAAAGUCUUUAUUUAAGAUGCUUCUUUUGGCGUUAGCGUACAUACACAGCGAGGGUGUUCUUCAUCGAGAUGUGAAACCUUCAAAUUGUUUCUUGACUGCGGAGGGGGAACUACGCCUCGGCGACUUUGGACUUAGUCGUGUAUGGGAUACGGAAGCAUCCAUGACUCACGAAGUCGUUUCGAGGUGGUACCGGGCUCCCGAGUUACUUCUGGGCCAGCGACACUACGGACCCGAAAUUGAUGUGUGGUCAUCAGGGUGCGUAUUUGCGGAGCUUCUACGGGGCACAGUGGUGCCUUUUUUGCAGGCGAUGGAGAUAUUUGGCAGUUGCCACGAAUAUUUGAUGUAUUAG